AUGGAACCGCACGCGGUCUCUCACGACGAUCUCUCGGUCAAACUCCCUGCUGAUGAUCUUCGUCACCUCGUGGCAGUCAACGCAGACCCUCAGGUUCUUCACCACCCGUAUCGCCACCGGUGGCGCCGUCUUCAUCAUCCCGUAGGCGAUGGCCAGCCUCUCGCUGUGCUCGCACAGCGCCAUCUCCUUCUCCUCCUCCCCCACAUCGUGCAGCACCGCCGCCGUCGCCGGGCGGUGCCCCGCCAACCUCACCCUCUCCGCCACCUCCUUCAGCACCGCCCUGAUCCCCUCCAUCUCCGGGUGCGCUUCUCCGCCACCUCCCCCGGCGGCGAACUGGUGGAGGCGGCCGGCGAUCUCCACGCAGCUCAGCCCCGCCGCCGCCCUUACGCCGCCGUCCCUCAUCGUCUUCCUCAAUCCGGCCACCUUCUCCCACUGCGAGCUCAUGGCGUACAGAUUGGAGAGGACCACGUAGUUCUCCGCAUUUCUCGGCUCCAGCUCCAGCAGCUGCCUGGCGAUGGCCUCGCCCUUUGCCAGCAUGCGCCUGUUCUUGCAGCCGACGAGGAGGGUCCUCCAGAUCACCGGAUUUGGAGGGACGGGCAUGGCGUUGACGAAGGAGUGAGCCUCCUCGAUCAGCCCGGCUCGGCAGAGGAGGUCAACCAUGCAGCCGUAGUGCUCCAUGUACGGCUCGAUCCCUAG